AUGAAUAGGAGUUAUAGUUUUGAUCAUGGAGGAGGAGGAGGAGGAGGAUUGACAUCAUCAUCAUCCUCAUUAUCAUUAUCAUCAAUGACUGGACCAUCUUCAUCUUCUUCGACAUCAUUUGGUAAUGGAUAUCAACCAUUAUGUUUUAGUAAGGAGGUAUUCACAUCAGAGUCAUUCAAGGUAGACUCUUUUAUUGCCGAUUGUCGUAAACGUGUACCUUUGGAGAGUGUUCAAAAGGAUCUCAAAGAGUACACUCGUCAUUUGGAUGCAGAGUUGGUUGAACUCAUCAACAAAGAGUAUCAUUCAUUCUUUAGUCUUUCUUCAUCUUUGGCUGGUAUAGAUGUUGGUUUAAAUGAGUUUAAUGAUACAUUAUCAAGUAUUAAAUCUGAAAUUAGUAAUUUUAAAGGUGAUAUUAACAAGGUUAGAGAAUGUGUUGAAGAUAAAUUAAAGGAAAAGAAAAAGAUUGAUCAUUCUAAAAAGUUACUUCAACUUUAUAUAUCAGUGUCUGAUUCCAUUUCAAAUAUCAAUGGUUUAUUUGAACAGUUGGCAAUGGUUACUCAAAAUGAUCAACAACAACAACAACAACCAUCAAACAUGGCUCUAUUCUCACCACCAUCUUCAUUACAUUCUACAUUAUCAGUAGAGUUGGUCAUUGAUCGUAUAUCAAAUUCCUUUUUCCAAAUUCAACGUCAAAUUGAAUCUCUUGCACCAGAAGAAUCAAGUUUAAAAUUAUUUAAAACUUUACAACUUAAAGUAGUAGAAUUAUCAAACAAGAUUGAAUUAAAUAUAGAUCCAAUAUUUCAAGAGGCAUUGAAAACAAGUGUAAAGUCUGGAAACUUAUCAUCGGUUGAAAUAUUAUCAAAUUGUUUAAAAACUUAUCAAGUUUUGAAAAAGAUUCAUAUUCCUUAUAAAAUUGUUAGGAAAUCAAUUAUUAAACCUUAUUUAAUUAGUACGAUAACUAUAAAAAAUUUAGAAAAUGGUUUAAAAGGAUCAUGUGAAGGAUUAUCAAGUAUUUAUUCAAAUAUUAUAUCCUAUUUACAAAAAAAUUGUUCAGAGUUGUUUAUGGUUAGUAAUAGUAUAAAUACUUAUUAUUAUCAUCAAAAUCAAUCACAACAACAACAAGAACAACAAACCAAUGCACUAUCAUAUAAUUUUAUAAGUGAAUCUAUAUUACCAGAGGUUGAUGAACAGAUUGCAUUUUUUAGACAAAUCUUUGCAACAGGAAUACCCGAUUUAUUUUUCCGUACCUAUAAUCAAACCAAUCAAUUUAUAUCUGCAUUGGAGGAUAUGUGUCCAUCACCUACACAUGUCAUUCAACUACGAAACUCUCCCUCUUAUCAAUCCAUUUUCAAAAAAUGGAAUUUUGCUGUAUAUUUCCAACUUUGUUUCUCAAACAUUGCAUCUUCUUUUGAAACUCAACUUUCUCAACAUCCCCUCAAUGAUUUUAUUUCAACUAUUCAUUUAAAUCCAAUUGAAAAAAAUGAUUAUUAUAUACCACAAUCAUUUUCAUUAUGUCAAAAUUUGGAUCAAUGUUGGUCAAAGAAUAUAUUCAUUUAUGAAUUAUCAUCUAAAUUUUUUAAAAUGUUUUUACAAAUGAUUGCUAGAUAUGAAUACAAUAUACAAGAUUUGAUUACUCCUCUAUUGAAUACACUUAAAAAAGAAGGAGAAGAAGAGAAAAAAGAUAAUACCAAUACAUCAACUACUACAAAUACUACAAUAACAACAACUCCAUCAGCAACAACAACAACAAGACCAGCCAAACAAGUACCAAUUCAAGAAAGUUUAGUUUAUUUAUAUUCAGAUUUACUUAAAUUAUCAUCAAAAAUAUCUGUACAUUACAAGAGUGUAGUUUUAAAUACAAUCAGAAACCCAUCCAAAGAAAUUGAAGAUAUAGUAUCAAAUGGUAUCAAAGAUGCUACACAAAGUAUCCAAAAACUACUAUCAUCAUUGGAUACUAUUAUAACCAGUCAUUUUAAAAUUAAAUGUUCUGAAAGUUUAUUAUUUAUUAAUACUCUAAGUUCACAAUAUAGAUUAACAAACAAACCUUUUCCAACAUCACCAUCACAAUAUGUAUCAAUGAUAUUAAAUCCAUUGGAAACCUUUUUAAAUAACAAAGCCAUGAUGAUACCAUCACACAUUAGAGUAGAGUGGGUCAAAACCAUAUUGGCACCAGUCUCUGAGCAAUUCCUUGCCAAUGCCAAUGAAACAUUGUCAUCAGUGACCAAGCUGAAUGAGACACUAAGAAGAAUGAAAGGGAAAAAGACAGACAGUGCUCCAGCAGCUGCAGAGUCCAAUGUCGAGAAACUAUCAUUACAAUUCUAUUUGGAUGUGGUUAAAUACGGUCAACUCAUAUCUAAACUUGGUGUAGACAUUCAACAAAUCCAAUCCUAUACCAAUUUAUUAAACUUGGUAGAACCAUUUAAAAUUUAUUUACAACAACCAGCGUUAUAA